AUGAAGACUUUCCCCAAAUCCAGCUUCUUCGAGGAGAAAAGGGCACCUACACUUCCUACGCCAGCUGAUAUUAGGUUAAUCAACGAGUCAGGCAAUAUCCUUGAUCCCGUCAUGAGGACUACUAAAGACGGGGAUCAACGGUCUAUUUAUAUAUUCCUAAUCGAGGGCGAGACUCUGCAGACGAGAUGGGAAGAGUGCUAUACACAUUCCGAUCUUGUUGCACCCAAUAUCAUCCCAUCGCGAGGGCCAAAUCCGAAAGUGGCGGCAAUUAUAGACUGGGGCCAGGCUGGGUGGCAUCCUGCAUACUGGGAGUAUUGCAAGGCUAGGCGGGUGAGGCUAGAACCAGAACUCAGCGAUGCUCUCCAGGAAGAACGGACGAUAACAUAUCUACCACUUAUCAUGGAUCCCCCGUUGACGAUGAGGCAUACUAUCAUCCCUAGCUUUAUUUUGUUCUAUCUAAGGUGUUAUUCUUCUGCAGCAAUAGAGCAUAAGCAUGGUCCUGGAGAUUUUAAGAUCGUUGUUAUGCCUUUGCGUCAGCUUUUCCUUUCUCUUACUGCUACUGAUUUGGCUCCCGGUCGUUGGCCCAGAUAG